AUGAACCGUGGGAGCUGGAUGACUACUUGGACAAGCUUGGCCAGGCGAACGAUGAUCCCGAUUCUUCGGCUCCUAUGGCGGUGGACCAACCUCAAGCACUACCAGCACGAGGAGUAUACCACCUUCAGAACCUCGAACUACCUGCAGAACCUCAAGUCGAACCACGUACAGAACCUCAAGCCGAACCACGUACAGAACCUCAAGUCGAACCACGUGCAGCAGCCCGCGACAGGUCACGAAGUUCUCGAGGGGGUGAACAAGGCGAGACGACUGGAAGGUCUUCCUCCGAUCACCUCGCAGACUACCACCACGAUGGCGAGCAACGCACGGACGAUGCCCGAUGUCGAUGAGGAGGACGACGCUUUGCUGGUCGCGACGGAAGUCCACGACCGAAACCUCAGCCGCGCUGAAGAACAAGCUCUCUUUGACGUGGCAAAGGAGGACGCUCUGAAGCCAUGGAUUCUGAACCACGCUUGGGAACCAGCUGACAGUUCCUCUGCGCAACCCGAAGAGGCCGUUCCGGCACGCCUUGAGUGGGCGAAGGCGUGUUGGCACCUGAUGCUCUUUCCGAACGCUGACCCUCAGAGCGACGAGCUGGCUAGGAUGUUUGGAAGUUUCGUUGUGACAGAUGCAAAGUCUCUCUACUACGCCGCCAACAGCAUGUCGGCGGGCCUGAAGUUGUCUGAGAGGCGCAGCGCCAUCGAGCUUUCCGGCACCAACGAGAGGCUCAAGGCCAUGGGAGGCCACUGGAAGUGGUGCAACAGCUCCCAGCAACUGGCAGAUGGACUUACCAAAGCCAGCGCACGAGCUCUGUGUCUGGAAGCUUUUGCCCGUGGUAUGGUUUCUCUGAAGUUCGACGAGGGCAUGGUUGCAGCAAAGAAGAUCAAGCCUGAGGCCAAGCAAGCUGAGGUCGAGGAGUUGGAACAAGCAGCUCGACAGCUACGAGACGGACAAGUUCCAGCAGCCCCACGACGUCUUCGCGGAGAAGGUGAAGGCGAGGAGACCCUGGCCCUGGAGCUCUCUGUCCGUUGCCGACUUCAAGGUUGUGACAAAGAAGUACCGCACCCUGAACUUGGACAGCGCUUCUGUUCUCGACGCCACUACUACAAGAGCUUGGGCGGCGACACCGAGAGAGCUCGAGCGAUUGUGGCGGCGACCGUGCUGGCGAGCCAGUUCGAGAGUGCGGAAGGCCUGGGCGACUCUGACGAGGUCACAGUCGUCUUGGUAGUGGACCACCGCUGGUUUGCUGCCAUUCUGGCUCUCCUGGUCAUGGUCUUCAUGAUCGUGCUGUGGCUUUGUGUGGCAAGGAGAACUACUUGGACCUUCUCAGCUACCUCUUCCACGACGGCUUCCUCUACGUCGAGUUCAAACCAAGCAACCAGCUCCACUCGAGACGCUCAAGUUCAAGCACGAGACAUGACAAACCCGGAGGCAGAGCGCCUGAGGGACGAGUUGAUCCGCAGGAACGGAGAGUGCCACCGUCUUGGUUUGGUUGGUGACCGAGUCCGUGCUGAGGCAGAGAGACUGCGAGCCUCUCUUUCCGAAAGUAACAACCGAGUUCUCGAGCUGGAGCAGCAGCUGAGAGAUCUCCAGAACCAAGUUGUGCUUCAAGAGAACCCACGCGAGCUCUUCGUGACGGCAACAGGCCACCGAUACCAUCUGAACUCCAACUGUGGACAUAUCAGAGGGCACAGGACGAUCAAGAGGCUCACUCCUUGCGACGACUGCUCGAGAUGA